GCCAUAUGGAGUAAGGGUCCGGUUUGGCAUACAGCUUGGCUUCUGGGGGCUAACAGAGAGAUAGAGAGCUCUGCUACGGAGGAUAGUGAAGAGCUGUGGCUUUGCUACUUGGAGUCAGUUGGCGUGCUUGACUCGAUAGUUUGUAAUCAACAGUCAUUGAGUCCAGGGUUAACUAGACAUAUAGAUUGGAAACGGGAAACACACACUCACUGAAAUUGUUUGUUCUAUUGAGGGACUGAGACUGAAGGAAAAGUGUGGAGGAGGUCCCGUGAAAUAGUUUGUUCUACUGAGGAACAGACUGAAGGAAAAGUGUGGAGGAGGACCCCUGAAAUAGUUUGUUCUACUGAGGGACAGACUGAAGGAAAAGAUUGGAGAAGGACCAGUGAAAUAGUUUGUUCUACUGAGACUGAAGGAGAAGAUUGGAGGAGGACCAGUGAAAUAGUUUGUUCUACUGAGGGACUGAGACUGAAGGAAAAGAUUGGAGGAGGACCAGUGAAAUACUUUGUUCUACUGAGGGAUUGAGACUGAAGGAGAGUGGAGGAGGACCAGUAGAGGGACGUAUCAUCUCUGUUGAGAUCCAAAUCUCUUCUCCACUUUGACCCCACCUUCCAUGGCGAUGAUUGCUAACUCCACGGGGAUGACCUCCAAUGACCUCCCCCUGAACUCAACGUUGACCCUUAGUCCGGAACCUUGGACCCCGCCUCCUUGGUACCAAUUCCACGUCUGCUCCGUGGCCCCUUACGGAUUCAUCUUCUACUUUGGAGUCAAAGUCUUCAACCUGGCCAUAGGCACACCCUGCAAUAUACUGGUCCUGUGGCAGAUCUCCAGCAGGAAAAGUGACUCGUCCACGUCUGACAUCUUCAUCUUUAAUCUGGCUUUAAUGGACACCUACUUCUGCCUCAUGGGGCCAAUAGACAUGGUCAACAGGCUGGUCCUGGACCACCAAGGCAUCUGGUACUUCCAACGCUUUGCCUACGGGGUCAAAGACACAGGACCCCUCUUCCUGGUGUGUAUCUGUCUGGACCGCUACGUGGCCGUGGUCCAUCCGGUGCUGUUCACCGGUAUCCGUGACAACAAGAUCCGCGUUGGUGUCUCCGUGGUAAUCUGGGCCCUCAUCCUGGCCUACAGCCUCACAAAGAGCAUCCUGGGAGUCAUGUCUGUCAACGAGGUGUUCAGCGGCCUCAUCCUCUUCGCCUUCGCCCUCAUGAUCUACUGUAACCUCUCCAUCAUAUGGGUCCUACGCCGCUCCGUAGCCGGGAAGGAGGUGAUGCACCCCGUGAAGAAGAAGGCCUUCAAAAUGGUGCUGGUCAUCUUGGGUAUAAUCUUCGUCAACUACCUUCCUCCUGUGGCUCUUGUUCCGUUCUUCUCCUACUACACGUUCGUCCAGUUCCGCUGUCAGGUGACUAUCAGUGUGUUCGCCAUCAUGGAUCUGAGUUGUAGUAUGGAGCCACUUCUGUAUAUGACCAAGAUGGACAGGCCUGCGUGUGUACCUGGCUGGUGCUGUGCGGGGGAGAGCUCGGCCAAGAAACCCUACGAGGUUAAAGUGUGAUGGGGCUCAUCACUAUCCUGCCAAGUUACAAAGUCAGAAGGCCCAAUAAUUUCUACGAUUCCUCUUCUUAAACUCUGAUUUUAAACCUUAACCUGAACCGAACCUUAAUCACACUGCUAACCGUAUGCCUAACCCUAACCUUAAAUUAAGACCAAAAAUAACAUUUCUGUUGGCAAACAUUUUUACGAUAAAGCCAAUUCUGACUUUGCAGCUUGGCCAUCUACUGGGAGCCAUGUGAUGAGGGAGAGAAGAAGAGGCUGGUGGGUGGAGCUAUACGAGGAUGGGUUCAUUGUAAUGGCUGGAAUGGAAUAAAUGGAAUGGACCAUGUGUUUCAUGUGUGUGAUUCUGUUCCAUUUAUUCUAUUCCAACCAUUACAAUGAGCCUGUCCUCCUAUAGCUCUGCCCACCAGCCUCCAGUGGGGUGACCAUCUACCAACUCCUGUCCUGGAGAGCCACUGCUGUGCAGGCUUUAAUUCCAGCCCUGCAGUACACAUUAUAUUCAGCCUGCACAGUCCUGGCAUGUCUUAAAUUAGGUAGGCCACAAUACACGCAUUUAGAUAUAUCACUGGGUAAAUGUAUUGUGUGUGGACAUGUAUACUGCUGUAUUGCCAAUAAAUACUAUUAAUAUGUA